AUGCCAUAUUAUUCUGUUGCCAAAGGUAGAAACGCCGGGGUGUACCACUCGUGGGACGAAUGUAAGCAAAAUGUUAAUGGAUAUUCAGGGGCAGUUUUCAAGAAGUUCUCUAGUGAAGGAGAAGCGCGUUCGUUUAUGAAUAAUAACGGUGGAUCUUCAGGAUCUGGUUAUUCUUCAGGAUCUGGUUAUUCUUCAGGAUCCGGUGGUUAUAAUUCUUCGAGAUCCGGAUAUGGUGGAGGGUCAUAUUCAGGAUCCGGUGGAUAUGGUUCCUUAGGAUAUGGUUCCUCAGGAUAUGGUGGUUCGUCCAAAUCAAAGUCUACUCGUAUUUAUACUGACGGUGCCUCUAGAGGUAACGGUAGAACCAACACACCAGAAGCAGGAUAUGGGGUUUAUUUCGGACCAAAUGACCCCCGUAACGUGGGAAAAGCAAUGUCUGAAGUUGACGAUGUUAAAGCAAAUGUUCCUACUAACCAAAGAGCUGAACUAACUGCAAUUAGACACGCGUUACAACACAUUGAUUCCCAACCCGAUUCACAACCUUAUACUAUCGUAACUGACUCACAAUAUUCUCAAAAAGCACUCACUGAAUGGUCAAACAACUGGCAAAAGAAUAAUUGGCGUACCAGUAAUGGUGCACCAGUUGCCAAUCAAGACUUGAUAAAAGAGAAUUUAAGCUUGAUGAAUAAAAUUAAUAGUCGUAAUGGCCAAAACUCUGUUCAAUUCGAACACGUUAGAGGCCAUAAUGGUGACCCAGGUAAUGAAGGAGCCGAUGCUUUAGCCAAUUCGGGUGCUGAUAAACUGCGUUUCUAUUAG